AUGAGGACAGUGACGACCCCCGGCCAACAACCAACAAAGGCUCUGCUGUCCCCCACAGAAUUUCUUCUGUGGGAAAUACAUUGGAAAAAGCUAUUAAAACCUAUUCUAACCAAAUACGACCUUAAGGAGGUGCUGGGAGAUGGCGCCGAGGGCCUGGAGGCGCUGGCAGGGGAAGGGGAAUUUAGUAAACCAGAAGAUCAGAUCCUCCUUCCCGACAACCUGCUAAAUGACAUCCGAGAAGCUGGGAAGGAGGCCCUACUAAAAAUACCUGAUGGAACCACCCCUCUCCAGAACUUCACAUCCAUCCUCCAGGGCCCUGAUGAGACUUUUAUUAAGUAUAUUGACAGGUUAAAGGAGGCUAUAGACCGGCAGAUUGAGAAUGUCGAGGCCCGAGAAGAACUGCUGCGUAAGAUGGCCUUGACCAACGCCAACCCGGAGACAAAGAAGAUCCUGCGAGCUCUCCCCCAGGAUCCGGAGCCAACCAUCGCCAAGAUGGUCGAGGCGUGCACCAAAGCGGCAUCGAUGGAGCAGACUGUGGCGUUUGCGGGGAAAAACAUUUCGUUGGACCUGAUGGCAGACACCGGUGCGGACGUUACCAUCGUCCCUCAGGCAGAGUGGCCGCGCGACUGGGAGUUAGUGUCCCCUUGUGGCACAAUCUCCAGCAUCGGAGGAGCCGUCAAUUCCCGACGCAAUGCUCCCAGGUUCACGUUUUCGGUUCCGUCUAUCAACCGAGGUGAGCCGUACAAACGGUAUCAAUGGACCACUCUGCCCCAGGGAAUGAAGAAUUCUCCGGUGCUCUGCCAAACCUUUGUGGCACAGGUCCUUUCCCCAAUUUGUCGCCUUUUCCCAGAGGCCAUCAUCCUUCACUAUAUGGAUGAUAUUUUGAUUAGUGCUGCUAGCUCAACAUAUCUACAAGCAGCCUUAGACAGGACAGUUAAAGCCAUCAAAGAUGCAGGCUUUCAAAUUGCGGAAGACAAGAUCCAGCUGUCGUCCCCCUGGAAAUACCUGGGCUUCCUGAUUACGGGAAGGACCGUCGCGCCCCAGUCUCUUGUCAUCAAGGACGACCCACGGACCCUGCGGGAUUUGCAGCAGCUUUGCAGUACCAUCACCUGGAUUCGACCUCUCCUGGGACUCACCACAGAAGAGCUGUCGCCACUUUUCCACCUGCUGAAAGGCGACGGCGACCUGGCAUCCCCACGACAUCUCACACCGGAUGCCCGUGAGGCCUUGGAGAGAGUCGCAGCUGCUAUCAAGUCCCGCCAGGCGCAUCGGGUCGCGCGGUCCCUCCCAAUCCAGUGUGCCAUCCUGGACUUUGGUCCACCCAGAAUGGCAGUCGCAGCAGCCAGAACACCCUGCAGUGACCAGCUUCCUGCAGCAGCACUUUUCAUCAUCGUGUGGUUUCACCUGGCAGGAAGCUGGAUCGUACCACAGCCCAAAGAGAACGUCUGGGUCACGCUGGCAAAGUCCAGCAUCCAGCGGAUCCAGGCGUUGGUAAAGGACUUAAAGACUGAAACUGGGGCUGUGGACGCUGUGAACAAGAUCUUUUCUCAAUGGGGUGUUCCUGGGUGGGCCAUUCCAAUUGUUAAAGGUUUAGUUUGGGUUUUAAUCAUAAUUUUCUUAAUUUCUGUUGCGUUAACCAUCUUUAAGAAAUUGUUAACCAGAACAAUGGGGAAUGUUUUUUUAAUAAACCAAAAAGGGGGAGUUGUGGGAGGGGUCCCCGCCCUCCCUUGGGAGGCAACUUCAAUAUAGCAAAAAGUUGUCAAUCACAUGCUGUUUCCCUCCCCAGUUGAGGCUGUCUGUCAAAGCUUAACACACUCCCCAGUUCUAGAAAGUUCUUCUGUUCUGUUAAUCCCAUUGGACCCUGUUAGAAUGCCACUCCUCUCCUGUAUCCCGAUUGGUUCAUUACAUGUCACCCCAUCCC